AUGGGGGCUGACAGGAGGCGAAGUGGCGGAUUAAUAAAGUUCCUGAUCAAGGCGGAGGAUCAGUCGAAUAUCGAAUACGAAGACCCAAUUGACAACAAUGAGAUGUCGGAUAACGCGGGUGGCUCUAGUAGCCGUGAUGAUGUGAGUGAGGAAACUCGCAUGAGAUUGGAGAUCGCGAGACUCCAGCAUGAAGUCCAACAGAUGAAAGCAAGUAGAGGUGAACCCUCUGCUAGUGAUGAGAACAUUAAUGCAGAUUUAGCAAACUAUCUGCAGAGAAAAGGCAGAACGUCUGCUAUUGUGAAGAUUCUUAAUGAAUUCCGUGACCAAGUGAGAUUCAUAAGGGAGCCAGUUAUCCUCACUGGUUUUGUGAAUUAUUCAGUGUGGAGGGAAGAGAUCCUCCUCGCAGCGAGGCAAUCUCAUACAAUUGAUAUCAUAGAUGAGAGACAACUUGGACCCAAAGAGGAUGCCAGUGCUGAUAUGCAACGGUUUUGGAAAGAAUGCAAUAUGUGGCUGUAUAACUACAUGUGGUUUGCAAUCACUCUGCAAGCAAGAUCUUAUCUUGUUACACCCAAGGAACUAUCUGCCUAUGCUCUGUGGACAGCUAUAGAAGAUAUCUUUGCUGGGCGGCCUGCCAGCAAUGCCAACACUGCCAGCAAUGCCAACGAUGCCAACGAUGAUGUUGGUGAUGAUAUCAGCGAUACCAGUGAUGAUAGCGGCUACAGCAGUGUGGAUAUUGAUAUGGAUUCCAAGAUGGAAUGUUUGGAUGGAUCAAUGGAGGACAAUCCUACAAGUGAUAACAAUCCUACAAGCGAUAACAAUCCUACAAGCGAUAACAAUCCUACAAGCGAUGACGAUCCUACAAGUGAUGAUGAUCCCACAGGCGAUGAUGAUCUUGAUACUGAUAGCGACCGUGAUGUGGUUUGGGGGGGCGAUGGGCACCCUAUAUCUAUCAAUAUGAUUGUGCGAAGAGUGAUCUAUGGGAAAGGAUGGGUGGUAGAUGGGGCAGUCCCUACCACAAAGAACAUGGAUAUGCCCGUGGAGGGUGAAUUUUCAAAUACAACUUGGCCUGGUUUGAUGAUAAGUCAUAUGGAACGACCUUGUUGGAAGGAAAAGAAUGGUAUCAGUGAAUUGAGCAAAGGGGGCCCCCGGGCGGCAUGGGUACUACUGUUGGCCCUAGGCGUGGCGACACGCGCACAACGCCAACCCGAAGGAGUGAAAGAAGCCAAACUGUCAUCAUGGGCCAAGGUCGCAGGACAGGGAAUUCCAGAAAAACCAGUGCCUAACCGAACCCUCCGCGAGAUUACUGUCCUACGCCGGGACUGCGAAGCCCUCCCAGCUGAGGAGGCCACCCCCCCAGCGAUUGUGGCAGCCGUCAACGCCAGAAUUAUGGAUGUGACAAAGGGAAAGGUGCUUGCAGCAAGAUGUCUCCCCAGUGGAGACAUCAUCCUGACAACCGACGCGAGGGAGACCAGGGAGGCCUUGACUAAGAGCAGCACAUGGCUGGAAGUCUUGGGACAAAAGGCGAAGGCAAAGCACACCCUGUACCCAGUCAUGGUUAAGGGAGUCCCAAUGGGCAACACCAACUGGAAGGAGGAACAGCAAGCCAUCAAGGCAAUUUACGCACAGAAUGAAGGACUCCGAAGAGGGGUACAAAUUGAGAGACUGUCUCUACGACGGAAUGCCAGCUUGCAGGCAAAGGUUGGGUCUCUUGUACUCAGCGUCACCUCGCCUCAGCAAGCCAACCUACUAGUAGACAAUGGAUUGAUAAUAGACAGCAUAUUUUGUGACGUUGAAAUCUUCCACCGGGAAGCGCAGGUCACCCGGUGCUUUAACUGCCAUGAGCAGGCCAAAAGGUGCGGGUUCUGCGCGGCAAAAGAACAUGACGACAAGGAAUGCCCAGCACGAAAAGCUGGGGAACAACCGAGCACCACAGAGCUCACAACCUGGGUCUCAGCUACAGGAGGACCUAAUGGACUACACGCAGACCCCAGCCCCCACGCAACAAUGAGGGACACACUAAACCUCCUACAAUAUAACGUGCACAACUCUGCGAGAGUUAUGGUCAAUGUGUAUGCACCUCCUCCAGGGGGCUACAGCAGUGAACCGGAGGAAUCCCCCAUAGGCCAGCUGCAGGAGGUAGCCGGAAUGGGCACAGAUGCAGAGCUGGUCAUAUUAGGAGAUCUUAAUGUCCACCAUGAGAGGUGGGGAGGGGUGAGAGUGGAGAGAAACUUCCGCAUGGCAUGGCAGCUAAUAGCACAGGUGGAUAGGCUGGGUCUCCAGCUUGCCACACCUGUAGGGGCUACCACAUGGCAGGACAGAGGCAGCCCAGGGACGACUAUAGACCUCACCUUUCUAUCACCACUCCUGCACGACAAGCUCAGGAGGUGUGCAAUAGCGGAGGAGGCAUGCAAAGGAUCUGACCAUAAGCCCAUGGAAACAACACUGGAACUCACACCCAUCCCAAAGGAGGCUGAGAGACGAAACUGGAAGAAUGCGGAGCCUGAGGAGGUAGCAAGGGACUGCCAAAAGCUAUAUGUGCCACAAAGCCUGGACUCCAGGCAAGCAGUCAAGGAGUAUGCAGACUACCUGGUAGGAUUUGUAGGGACAUUAGCGGACAAACACGCCACCGUAAUGGAGGAGUACAAGCAGGCUAGGAGGUCCCAGCUCCCAGAAAUGGAGCGGCUCAGGGCACGCUGCAAGCGCAACAGAGAAAUCCACUUGGCUAAGACAGCAAACUUCAGAGAUCUGGUUGACAGGACCCGUGAUGACCCCAGAUUGAUGUGGGGACUAGCAAAAUGGGGCAAGGAAAGAAGCCAUCUGCCCCCACAGGCACCUACUGUCCCCCCCCUGAGAACAGGGAAAGGGGCUGACGCGACGGUAGAAACCUCUUUUGAGGGGAAGGCUGAGGCAUUACGACAACGGUUCUUCCCACAGCCAGAGCCCGCCGACUUAAGUGACACCAAUAUGGAGCUGCUGCAAGCUGAAAGGGAAGCGUCAAAUGACACCAUCAGUGUGGAGGACAUGGAAAGCCUGAUCCAGAGACUGCCAAACAGGAAGGCACCAGGGAGGAGUGGGAUCACCAACGAGUUCCUUAAGAUGCUGGGCAGAACAUUUGUGGAGGCCAUAACAGCUCUCACCAAUGCAUGCUGGCAUUGGGAGACUUACCCAGACACGUUUAAGGAAGCCAAGACAGUGGCCUUGCGCAAGCCAGGGAAGGCUGACUACCAGACUGCAGGAGCGUGGAGACCCAUUGCCUUGCUGGACACAAUAGGGAAGAUUGUGGAGGCAGCAACUGCAAAACGCCUGCGGAAGAUCGCGGAGGACCACAACCUGCUACCCUCACAGCAAAUGGGGGCAAGAAGGGGCAGGUCCACUGAAACAGCCAUAGCACAACUUCUAGCCCAGAUAAGGACAGUGUGGCAGCACCCAGGACAGGUGGCAUCGGUACUCUCCCUAGACAUGACAGGGGCCUAUGACAAGGUGCUGCGGGAGCGAAUGGUUCACAUCCUCCGGCGACUGGGCAUCCCCAGGGACCUGGGGUCACCCCUAUCACCUAUACUAUUCCUAUUCUACAAUGAGGAACUGGUGCGCAUCUGCUCAAGACCGGGGCGCCCGGUGGUGUGCAUAGCCUUUGUAGACGAUGUCAACGUGAUGGCCUAUGGCCAGUCCACUGAGGACAACUGCAGGGAGCUCCUGCGCAUGCAUCGGGCAUGCGAGGAGUGGGCAGCACGGCACGGGGCGGUCUUUGCCCCCCAGAAGUAUGAGCUAAUGCACUUCACACGGGCGCGCAACCAAUUCAACCUACAGGCUGAGCUGAGACUGCCAGGACAAACUAUACAACCGAAACAGGUGAUGAGGGUAUUGGGUGUAUGGUUAGACUCUAGGCUGAGAUGGAAGGGCCACCUGGACGCGGUGGCAGGCAAGAUGAAGACUCAAGUCAGAGCACUGUCCCAAACCACCCAAUCCACAUGGGGGCUCCCACUACGACAAGCGAGAAUGGUGUAUAACAUGGUCAUCAGGCCGGCCCUGACCUAUGGAGCAAUAGCAUGGCACCAGCCACAGGGGCAGGGGGGCACGGGUCCAGCUAAGUCAGGACUGGCCCUCAAGCUGACCACAGUGCAGAACUCCUGCCUCAGAAUAGUGGCAGGGGCAUACAAAAGAACCCCAACAAGCACACUGGAAGCGGAAACCCACACAGUACCCUUAGACAUCCACCUGGAUGGGCUAGUGGCAAAGGCGGUCAACAGGAUGAAGGCCUCAGGAAUGGCGCAACAAAUUGAGAAUGCGUGUGCGGCCAUAAGGACCAGGCUUCGGCACCGGGGGGUGACAAGGGGGGCACAGAGACACAUGGGAGCUGUGGUUCACCCGGCAGCCCUGCCAGUGGACUGGGAACAGCAAUGGAUUCAGGGUGCUAAGGCCACAGCAGAGAUGACACCGGAACAACGAGCCAACCUGGACCAAGCCUCAUAUAAUCACUGGCUGAAGCGCGAGCAGCUCUGGAGGUGGGUGCAGAGGUGGAAAAGACGUGAGCCCCCCUGGGGGGGAGCGGCAUGGCCGGCCCCAGACAAGAAAAUUCUGAAGUGGCACACCGGGCCUGCGCAAGGCUCGCAGCACUAUCAUCAUCCAAUUGAGGUCAGGAAAACCGGACUGGCAGCUUUCUAA